AUGGCCACACUCGGUCUGCUGGAGAUGCUGAAGGCCGCCAUCGGGACACCCAAUUUGGGGGUUGUUGACUUCAUGGCGCUUCACAAGUUGCUCGAGGCCAUCAUCGGGCAGCUGGGCCAGCUGCAGCUGUCUGUCCUGGAGCCAGGGCAGAGCCCGGCCCCCGGCCUGGCAAAGGACCAGGACAGCAAGGACCAGCCUGGCCAGGAGAAGGAGGAGGACGGAGCCCUGGGCACAGGGCAGCAGCUCUGGAAACCAGAGGAGCAGCUGGAGGGGACCGGGAGCAACUCCGAGGUCUCCUCCAUGGCCAAGGAGCUGAUGCCAACAACAACCAAGGAGGAGGAGAGAGCCGUCUCCAAGAAAAGGGCUUCGCUCCAGCACCUGUGGGAGGAGAUCAACAAGUUUAAGGAGGCGCAGUGCGGCCUGGCAGAGGACAUGCGGGCCAUGCAGAAGGCGCACUCUGGCAUGGCAGAGGACAUGCGCGAGAUGAAGGAGGCGAUGCAGGAGGCGCAUUCUGGAAUGGAACAGGACAUGCGGGCCAUGCAACAAGCGAUGCAGGAGGGUCAUUCUGGCAUGGAAAAGGACAUGAGGGAGAUGCAGGAGGCCAUGCAGAAGGUGCAUUCUGCCCUGACAGAGGACAUCCAGGAGAUGAAGCAGGCACAUGUCGGCCUGGCAGAGGACAUGCAUGCCCUGCAGGAGGCACAUUCUGGCCUGGCAGAAGACAUCCAGGAGAUCCAGGAGACACUUGGCCUGAUCAGCAAGGUGGAGGAUGCUCCCAGAAAGACGAGGGGGGCUGGAGCCGGUAGAAAAGCAGACGGCAGCGGCCAGAUGACCCGACAGCCGCGGUAA